AGGGAAGGAGAGAGGAUGAACGCCAGCCCAGUCAUUCCUCUUAAAAAUGGCGUCUUGUGAACAAAAAGAGUGAAAGUAGCUGUGCCGUGCUGUGCGGGUGCUGUGCUGAGCAGCAGCUUCAAUGUGAAACUAGCUUCGCUUCUUAAAGCUGCUGAAGAACGCGGAGCAUCUGUCCUGCGGCCCAUCAGCCACACAGGAGACAAUAGACAGGGAGAUAUAUGGGCAGAGGAGUGGAGGGAGGAGACUGUGCCUGUGCGUGCCCCCCCCCCCCCAAUCGCUCCUUCUCCUCCAUCCAUUCCUCCCAUUCUACAGACUCGUCAAGCGGAGAAAUAAACAGAAGCGAGCACAGAGGAGGGAAGACAUUCCUCCCUCCCCUCCCCCUCACUAUCUGUCCAUCUUCACCCAGUCCUUUCUUCCAUGGAGAGGAAUUAUACCGCUGCAGGCUUCGGAGAUCUCGGGGCUGGGACGGGAUGGAGUUACGACAGAUCGGCCAAGGCAAGCCUCGUGUAUGGGGGCUCCAGGUCGUCCCACCCAGACUCCGAGCUGCUCCACCGGCAGACCUACGGUACCCCCCAUCCCCUCCAGGGCUAUGCAACGAACCACCACCCAGGAAGUUCCAGACAGGGAGGGGCCUGGGGUGCUGCUGGACGCUCGCUUGGCCUCUCAGGGCUAUUUGACGCCAGCCUCCACCACGCCAGCCCCUCGGGUCCUGACCCCUCCGUCAUGAAUCUGAUUUCAGCUCUGGAGUCGCGGGGUCCACAGCCUCCACCCUCUGCUUCCUCCCUCCUCUCUCAGUUUCGCUCUCCCUCUUGGCAGACUGCAAUGCAUACACCGGCCCCAGCGGAGCUCUUUAUUUCAGGGGCACUUCCUGGUUCCAGCUCUUUCCCCUCUUCCUCAGCCCUCUCUGCAUACCAGCAUCCUGGCUCCUUCUCUGGACGAUCUUUCACUCCCUCACUAUCCCUGCAGGACACGCCUACAUUUAGCCCGACUUCCAACAGUUUGCUAUCUCCCCAUGAUCCCCUGCUGCACAUCAAAACACCCUCCCAGGCCAGCUUGGGCUUUGAUCGCUUGCUGUCUUCCCAGAGUGCCACCUACCGAGGCUCCCAGGAGCCCCCGGCCCCUCCUCAGACCCAAGCCCCUCCCACCUCCUCCAGUUGCCACCUGUCCCCUUCCCAGUUCAACUUAUUGUCCUCCCAGCUCCACAACCAGUCCUCCCAGCUCUAUAAUGCCUCCAUGUUCUCUUCCACAGCAGCCCUGCUGCCCACGCCCCCCCCUCCUCCCCAGCCUCCUCCAGAGAGGGCAGCGUCCCGGCAGGACAGUGUGAUCAAACAUUACCAACGCUCGUCCCCAGCUCAAUCCGCAGCACUACCCCCACAGCAAUAUGUCAGCUGUGGGGGGUCAUCGAGCUACCAGCAGCUAGCCAGUCACCACCGACAUUCUGGGGUGUCCUGCAGUCCCCUGGGGGAGCAGAGCCCAUCCUCUGACCCCAAGCCCUCACCACGGUUGGAAUCCAAGACUUAUCAACCUAUUAGCCAAACCCCCUACACAUCCUCAUCCUCCAGUUCCUCAGCCCCCUCCUCAUCUGGCACUAAGGGAGCCAAGAGUUCCAGCUCCAGCAGCGGCUACUCCUCUUCAGGCUCAGCAUCAUCUUCUUCCCGUACUCCACACACUCCACCAUCAGCCUCCUCCACUUCCUCUUCGUCCUCUUCUAGCUCCAAGACAAGCGCUGGCUCCUUGUCUGCUCCCUCUUGCCAGCAGCCCCCAGCUCAGUCAGCACCGGCACCACCUUCUCUACCGGUGGUGUCAUCCAACCUUGUUCAACAGCCAGCACCUAAACAAUGCCUCUCCACUUAUGGCUCUCCGCCUCUGGCCAAAUCCAGCACAGGCCUACCAGACCAGACCCCUCUCCAGCAACAUGCCCAGUCCUACUCUCCCAACCAGCCUCCAUCUACACACAUGACCCAGUCUUAUGGGGGCUUUAACUCACCUCAUGCCCAGGACCUGAGCUCUGGAGCAGGGGGUACUGGAGGGAAGACCUUCACUGCUACAGGCUCAGGAGGACGCUCGUUUUCUGCAGAGAUAGUCUUUGGGGACUCAAGCUUUGGCUCAACCUCUCUUAGGAGGGCAGGCAGUCCUUCCUUAGGGUAUGGGAGUGCUGGAGGAUCAGCAGCAGGUGGACCUGUAUCAGGAGCUGCUGCACUUGGCAGUGGAGUUGGAUCUGCAGGAUCAGGAAGCGGAUCUGCUGGGGUUGGUAAUGAAGGCAGCAGCUCUUACCACCUGCCUGAGUCUAGUCCCUCGCCCUCCAUCAAUUCUACUAUCGGUCGCACUGGAUUGCACUCUCCUGCCUCUGCUCGCCCUGCACAGUCCCCUGGAGGCUCAGGGGCCACUAAAUACUUGUCCACCAUUCUCUCGCCUGCUUUUAUGUCCCCACCACAAGGUUUCCCUGAUACACGGCAAGUGCAGAGCCAGUCCUACCACACAACACCACCUAAGCCAAAAACAGAGACCAACAUGCUGGGAGUUGAGCGUUCCCAAGAUGAGGAAGAGGAUGACGAUGAUUUCAUCAUCCACCACUUACUACAUUCCCAGAGCUCAACUCCCCAUCCUUCCCAGCAUCACCCACCUCCUCAUCAAUUACCCCAGCCGCUCCCACAAGCUAGGGAUGGGGAAGGCAAGGGGGUGACCUAUGACAUUAACAAGAUCUCAGAAGAGCGCUACCACCUUCAGAGUGUUAUUCGUACCAAUAACAUCACCAGCAGUUCAGGUCCUGGAACAGCAAUUGGUGAUGCAGCAAGUGGUUUGAACACUCAGUUGGAAAUAUCACGGAAGGAACAGCAACAGGCCAAAUCAAAGUUGACCAUAUCAAAGUCCACUGCUGGAGGGGUCACUGACUCCCUUUCCCACUCCCAUCAACAACAGCAUGACUCCUUGGGCUCUGUGGUCCAUUAUGGAAGAGAGGACCCCUACGCAAUGCACUCCCAUCACACCUCACACUUGUCCUCACACUCUCAGCAACACUCUCAGCAUCCCCAAAUCUCCCAGCAUUCUCGACACACUGGACACACACAGCACUCUCAAAAUACUCAGCAUAGCCAUCCCCUUUCCCACUCUCACAGCCACCCUCACAUGGAGCUGAAGAAGCCUUCAGAUGAAAAUGACAAUGCCUACUUGUGUAACACACCAGAUGUGCAGCAGGCUCGACAAAGCCAGGUUCCCCUUUCCCUAAUGGAUUCACAGCAAGACCCUCCCCAGCAAACUCACAUGCUGCAAUCUGUCCUUUCUCAUACCACUAGCACUAAGAUAGACCCCCAGCAAGCCCCUCCACAGCAGCUACAGCAGCAUCCUUUGAGCCAGCAGGCCAUGAUGGGUUCAGCUGGAGGAGUAGGGCCUGCCAUGGUGGAAUCCCACCCACAGAACCAGCCCUCGCAGUUGCAACUCCAGCUCCAGACCCAGGUUAUAGAUACCCACUACGGCCUUGGAGUCCAGCCAAGAGAUCAAACCCGAGCCAGUCAGAACUCAGUGUCUCCGCUAGACAUACUAGACCAAUCUCUUUCCCGGACGAACAGCAGAGGUAGUGGAGGAGCUCUGGACAGAACAGGAGUUGGGGUGACUGGAGGGGAGGGAGGUGGUGGGGACAGACAUAGACAGCCGCACAGACUAACACCCCACCACCAUCCCCAACAAUCAGCCUCAGAUCUCCAUGACUUCCUCUCUGAACCAGAUUUAGGCUUGUCCACCCCCUCCCACCUGCACCACCUCAACCAGCCUCAGGUCCAUGCCCACCCCCAUGUCCACCAUCAACAGCAAGCACACACUCACCAUCAACUGGCACACUCUCAAUUAGCUCACCCACACUCCCACCGGAUGGCAGCAAAUAUGGGAACCCCCCAACAACAGCAGCAGCCCCAACAAAGAGAGCCUGAAACUCUGUCCCACUCCCAGUUAGACCAGCUCAAACAGCACCAGUUUCAAACAGUGAGCCCAGUGGGUAAAGUAGGACAAAAUCAUGGCCCGCAGCAACAGCAUCGGUUUGCACCUCUAACAUCCAUCUGCUUUCCAGACUCUCUUUUACACGAUGAAGACCGCACUUUCUUUCCUGAGAUGGAGGACAUGUUUUGUUCAGCUGAUUACAAGUCGAGCUGUGUGGAGAAUUCUGGGGCAGGACAGGCUGCUCAAGAAAGCCUUACCCAGGGCCAUGGGCAGGGACAAGAGGGUAUGGAAGCCUUAAAAACAGGAGGUGCUAGAGAGGGCUAUGAUAUGGUUGGUCAUCACAGUGAUCAAGGCUAUGGACAUUAUUGCCACAGCCUUCCAGGAACAGGAACUGGCAAUCUACACUUAGACCUUGACUCUACGAAGACCCACGAGCUUCCCUCUACUGUGAAUACUGACCAGCUUGGCCUCAUCCAAUCCCAAACGCCCAACAUGGGGCUGAGUUCAGCAGAUCAAGGGGAUGGCUCAGUCAACAAGAUGAUGGGAGUUGUAGGAGUGGGUGGAAGUUCAAAUACAACUGGUCUGACCUCACCUAUAUUUUGUUCUUCUCGACCCAAGAAACUGUUGAAGACCAGCUCAUAUCAUUUGCUUAAACAGCGGCGUGAGCCACAAACUCAAACAAAGAAAAACUAUGCGCAGGAGUAUGAAUUUGAGGACGAUGAGGAUAAAGUUGAUAUUCCAGCUGAUAUUCGCCUAACCAGUCGACGCCUUCCUGACCUACUCCCUGACUUGGUCUCUAGUUGUAGAAAGGCUAGUGGGGCAUCAGGCGUAAGUGGGCUCAGUCCACUGAUGGGGGACAUGGACUUCUGCCACCCCUCCAGCUACUCUUCCCCUGGACACCCUCCACAUAUCCUCCCCCACUAUGGCCCUAAGAAAAGAGGCAGGAAACCAACUAAACCAAAACGUGAAGGCCCUCCUCGCCCACGAGGUAGACCACGCAUACGUCCUCUUCCAGAGCCGCCCUACUGCAGGGGGCUGAUGGGAUCAGUGCCUGGAGAAAGUAGAAGGGGUCGUGGGCGCGGUCGAGGACGAGGCAGGAGGGAGGAAGGGUUUGUUGAAAUGCAUCAAGACAUGAACAAAGCACAAAACCUCGCAUAUCAUCAGCAGCAGCAGCAGCAUCGGCAGCAACAGUUCAGCCAACAGCAGCAUCUCCAACAGCAGGCAGACCUCCACCAAGCAGCACACCAACAGCAUCACCUGCAUCAUCAUCAUCAACAGCAGCAGCAGCAGCAUGUUUCCUGUCCUCACCAACAACCGCAUCAUCAACAGCAUCAUCAUCAUCAACAACAACAACAGCAACCAUCCCAGCUGCAGCAAGAUCCAAUCACACCUAUCAAGAUCAAACUGCCCGUUCCCAGCAUGCCGCCAUCAGAAUCGUUGUUGAGGACAGACUCACUGUCCAGCACCGAGCCAGUUCUGUCUGACGGAUCUGUGGGGUCGGCACCAUCUCUGGGCCUGAGUCCUGGACCCAGCGCUGCCAUGGACAGCAGCAGAAGUGAGGUGAACCAGACUCAAGACAAGAUGAUGAAGCAUCAGCAGAAAGCUGAAGAGGUGACAUGGAAGAAAGAAGUGGACGAUCAGCUGAAUCCUGAAGCCUGGGCUGCUAUGCACAAGCUCUCCAGUUCAGCUGAAGAGAAGGCUUUCGACUUCAAACCUGGCUUUAUGGCCUCUUUUUUGGACUUCCUGAAGACAGGCAGAAAGCAGCCAGGCCUUGAACAGGGACAUGCUGGAGGUGAGCAGGAGUCCUCUCUGAAGGGAGGGAUCAGGCCCUUAUCCCCGACUCCUCCUCCCCUACCACCAACUCCUCCACAGCAGCAGCCUCCAGGAGCCUUCAGCGAAGGAGGGCAGGGCGGGGGGGCCCCGCUGGCUCUCAGCAGCUGCCCCAGUCCCUGCAAGCCCCUGGAUGAGGAGCUGAAGGGGAACCUGGAGACACUGCCCUCCUUCUCCUCCGACGAGGAGGACUCAGUCAGUAAGAACCAGGACCUGCAGAAGAGCAUCUCGUCGGCCAUCUCCGCCCUCUAUGACACCCCGCACUCGUUAGCUGCUGCAAUGGCUUCUGCCAUGGCCAAGGCCCCGCCCACCCCACAGGAGCCGCCACUCAGCCCCCAUCUCCCUGCCAUGCCGCCCCUUAUCCCCAGUACAGAGAACAGAAAAGAGAAGGUGCUCACAUACACACAGGAUCACAUACAGGGCAAGGAAGAGCAACAGUUGGUCUCCCCACUGUCGGAUGGAGAAAACACAGAGGAGAUGGCGGCUAAGCAAGGUGGAGACGAGCAGAAGGAGAGAGGGGGAGAGACUGCAGACGGUAAAGAAAUAGUGAGAGAACCACAGAAUGUGCAGCAGGGAGCCCUGGAAGAGCAGCAGGAGGAGGAGAAAAGGAUGUCGGAUAUGCCGAUUUUGGAGGUUGAAGAUUCUCCAUCAGGACCUGUGCUUGCCCCUGCACCUCCAUCCCCAUCCGUGUCCAUCUCCCCCUCGCCCCCCACCUUCUCCUCACCAUCGCCCCUCACUCCCCUCUGUCUCUCCGUACCCUCCCAGCUGCCCAUCCAGAAUGAAGAUGCAAAUCAAAGUUAUCCUCCCUCUGAGCAGCAGCAGUCCUCCUACCAACCGGCUCCAACUGCAGUGACCUCCCCACCCCCCUCCGCCUCCCCUCCAGCCCUCCCGUCCCCACCCCUCUCCAGCUUUCCUCUGGGCCAGUCCAUUCCCCCUCCAUCCACCACCCCUCCUCCAUCUUCUUCUGAUCAGGACCAGGAACCUGAAGCUGAGCAGCCUUCCCCCUCAUCACCCGUCUCUUCCUCACCCUCUUCAUCACCCUCUCCCCCACCAUCACCUCCAACCCCAGAAGAGGCCCCAGCAUCCCAGCGUCUCACCUCCCUCCACCUGGCGAAGAAGCAGGCUGACGCCGCCAUAGCUGGGGAGAGCGAGGAGGAGGACAGUGAGAGCGGAGGCGAGGGAAUCUUCCGUGAACGAGACGAGUUCGUGGUUCGAACUGAGGACAUCGGGACGCUUAAGAUGGCCUUGCAGACAGGCCGGGAGCCCCCGCCCAUCUGGAGGGUGCAAAAAGCCUUGCUCCAGAAAUUCAGUCCAGAGAUUAAAGAUGGUCAGAGGCAGUUCUGUGCAACCAGUAAUUAUCUGGGUUAUUUCGGUGAUGCCAAAAUGUGCUACCAGCGUCUGUAUGUCAAGUUCUUGGAGAAUGUCAACAAAAAAGAUUAUGUCAGAGUGUGUUCUCGAAAGCCGUGGCACAGAGCCGGUCUCGCUCUGAGACGCCAGUCACUACCCAAACAGCUGCCCACCGUUCACAAUCCAACCCCUCCUCGGCUGGAUCGGGACGACAAGGAGAGACAGAAAGAGAGAGAGCUGAAGGAGCAGAGAGAAAGAGAACAAAGAGAGAGGGAGCACAGGGAGAAAAAAGCGGAAAGGGAAAAAGAGGACAGAGAGCAAAAGGAGAAGGAGCUUAGAGAGAAGGAGAAAGAAAAGGAGGAGCAGAGAGAGACGGAGAAAAGGGACAGGGAGAGGAAAGAGAGGGAGCGACAGGAGAGGGAGCAAAAGGAGAGGGAGAGGCAGGAGAGAGAGCAAAAGGAGAGGGAGAGGCAGGAGAGAGAGCAAAAAGAAAAGGAGGGAGAGCAAAAACAGAGGGAGAAAGAAGAAAGGGAGAGAACAGAUAAAGAGAGAGAAAAGAGAGAAAGGGAGAAACAGGAGAGGGAGCGGAGAGAGGAGAGAGAGCAGAAAGAAGGAAGAGAGACCAGAGUGGAGUUUGCGAGGUUGAAGAAGGAGAGUAGAGGAGGAGAGAAGAAGACGGAGCAGAGGGACCCGGCCGAGCCUCCUCCCAAGAAGAGGAAGCAGUGGCUGCCCUCCUCCUCCUCUUCGGAGUCAGACGACGAAGGAGCGCUGUGGGCUGGGGUCAGCAGCCGGGCCCUGAGGGAGAUGUUCAGGAGCUACGUGGAGAUGUUAGUCAGCACAGCGCUGGACCCGGACAUGAUCCAAGCUCUGGAGGACACCGAUGAUGAGUUGUACCUCCCACCCAUGAGGAAGAUUGACAGCCUGCUCAGUGAACAGAAGAAGAGGUUGUUGAGGAGAGUCAACAUGAGUGUUCAGCACCAGGAGGCUUUGCACAUCUUCCCCAAAAUGAUGGCAGACCCGCUGGAAUCUGGAGCUGUCAAAGUUCACCUUGGUGGGGAGGGUUACAACCGCAAAACCCUCAACCGGGUCAAGAGGAGUGUUCCUAAGCAACAGGAUCUGAAGCUCUCUAUUGAAACUUGCCGGAUCUACAGUCUGUAUCAUUCCCUUCACCACUACAAGUAUCACACCUUCUUGCAUUGCAAGAAAGAGACGGAGAGCAUCGAGCAGGCAGCCGAGGACCCCGGUCAGGAGGAGGUGGUGCAGCAGUGCAUGGCCAACCAGGGCUGGCUGGAGAGCCUCUUCAACUCCUUCAUGGAACUUCUUAGCCUCAGUGCCAAGGCCUGAGAGACAUCCAGCGGCAGUGUGGAGCAGAUGCAGGCAUCCAGAAUCCCAGUACAGAAAGUGUCUGGAUGCUAGGAGUGCCAUGGUUUCAGCCAGAACAGCCACUGUCUGUUUGUUGGAGAUUUAACUUUUAAAGUGUUGGUUUUAAUAUUGAGUCCAUGUUAAAGUACCUCUUUAUUUCAAGAACUGUAUUGAAGACAGAGGGUAGUGAACUAUGUGAAUGUGAUGGAUCUUCCUCAAAAGUCAAGAAGAAACCACAAGAUCAUGUUGGUCAGCACUAAAAAAGAGAGAAAGACACACACACACGCGCUGUCUAUAAGUGUGUAUUAAUUUGGUUUGUAUAAUUUAUACAAGGACAUUUCCAAAAAUGACUGUAUUAAGAUGGAAUUGUUUGCCGUUGUUAUUUAAAAAAAAAAAAUGUUUUAAAGGGAUAUACAUAAAAUGGCCCACCUGCAAUUCUUUGCUUCUAUCAGAGCGCCCGGUGAAACCAUGGGGGGAUGGGGGGGCAGAAGGGAGGUUUAAAAGGACUACAUGAUAGUCUCCACCUGCCUCAGUUAGAAAGCAAAUUUAUUUCAAACUAAGCUGUGUUCUUUCUGUUUGUUCUUCAAAAGACAACGAGAGAGAGGAUUUAAUGACUGUAAAGACAAUGAAUGAAAAAUAAAUAAAGCAUCACAUAAAGCACGACUUUCUUGAAGGAAGUAUGAGGCAAAAUGAUCCAAAAGCAUAAAUGUCAAGUGUUCUAAUGUUAGUCUUUUUUUAUCUGUUUGUUGUUGAUUGAUAUUUCCUAUUAUUUGACCUCUCGGAGGAUAUUCCUGUUUUGACGUGUAAAUAUUGUACAGCUACUUCAUUCUCUCGUUUACAGUUGCUCUUCUGUACAUGAAAUUCCUGUAUUUGACAUAAUGAAAUAAAACGGUUUAAAUGACAAAA